AACAUUAUGCAAACUUUCUAAAAUCAUGUGUGAAUAUUUGCCUUUAUAUUUCUGCCUCUUGUAAAGACUGCAAGUAGCAAAAACUUACAAAGUUUAUAUCUAAGAAACAUGUGUUGAUAUUUAAAUAAAUUCCAAUUCUAUUAAAAACAAAUUGAUAAUAUUGAGAAUAUAUAAUAUUUUACAAAGGAAAAAAAUAUUUUGAUGCCUGGACAAUAACAUAACAAUAUUAUACAAUAUUUAUUUAUUUUAGAACUGUAAUGGUUUUAUCUUGAAAUAGCUGUUUGCUAUAUUAAAAUUGAUGUUCUAAGACAAUAGAGAUAAUUGACACAACAUUGAGACAAAAAACAAUUCUUAUUUAAAUAUAUUAUUUUUAAAGGAUAACGAAUAGAUUGUUGAAUGGUUGAAUGAAGUUUCUAUGAGCUCUACUGAAGAUGUUAAAGUAGCAAACUUAUGUAAAACACAGGAAGUUUUGUUGAACAAGGAACCACAUUUGUUACAACUUUAUUUGGGCAAUGUUUUAGAAUUUGCAGCGGACAGAAGUGCAGAAGUCAGAAAAGCUAUUAUAGGAUUUGUUGAGGAAGCUGGAAUAAAGCAUCCGGAGGUAAUCCCUCGUACAGUGCAAAUACUUCUUAGAUUGUCAACAGACGAAGCACCGGCUGUAGCUAAACGAGUUCUUAGAGCCAGUAGUAGAAUUCUUAGAGCUGCUCUCAAAUGGAUCUCUAGUGCUGCUAUUGUCACAUCAGAAAUGGAAUUAGCAUGGAGUCAAUUAAGCGCUCUUAAAGUACAGAUUAUAAAUAUGAUUGACAGCGAUAAUGAUGGAAUUAGAACGCAAGCUGUAAAGUUUCUCGAGGGUGUAGUCUUAAUACAAACAUAUCCUGACCCUGAUUGUCCCAAGAAACCCGAUGACUUUUCCCUUGAAGAUAUACCAUUGACAUUAAAAAUAGCUCGCAGGCGAAAGUUGGAAGAGGAAGCAAAAAAUGUAAUGGAUUUACUGAUUAAGUUUCACGGGUCACCGCAUGUUAGCAGCGUCAAUUUAAUGACAUGUAUGGGAUCUUUGGCAUUAAUUGCCAAAACAAGACCACAGUUCAUGUCAAAUGUAAUUCAAGCAUUACAGAGGCUGCAGCAUGAUCUACCACCAACCCUGUCUGAUUCUCAAGUGACCAGCGUACAAAAACAAUUAAAACUUACACUUCUUGGAUUGAUGAAACAUCCCGCUAGUAUAGAGUAUGCUUCAACCAUAGCUAAGCAAUUGGCUCAGCUUGGAGCAAAAGAGCAGGAAAUUAUUAAGGCUUAUCCUAAACCGGAAGAUGUUCGUCGAAUGAAAAAACGCCAACAGGAAGCAGCAGCUGCUAGUGCCGCGAAGCGAGCAAAACUUGAUAUGGCCCUGAUACCUGAUGAAACAGAACCCGUACCAAGUCCCGUUCCUGCACCUAAAUUGCCAGAGUUAAUUGAACUUUCAGAAAAUUUUAUCGCUGAAAGACUUAGUGUAGAAAUUGCAACAGACUUAGUGAUGGAUAGCAUGGCAUGGGUUCCCGAUACCAUGACGACAAUUUUUCUAAGAGAAUAUCAACCUACUGCAACUACCGAUAUUAAUAUACAACGUCAAACAAUCGGUAAACUUCUAGCAGCACAAAUAAAACAGACUAAAGCGAAAAAGAAGAAAGAUGCCAAAGAGGAAGAUGCUGUAAUGGAAGAUUUAAUCAAGAAUCCUACUAUUACCGUAGCCGAGGCAAAACGUGAGCGUAAACGCGAAAAAGAUCGUGAGAAGGAGAAAGAAGCGAAAGCGUCGUUAGAGGCGCACGAGAAAUCUCUCGCGAAAGCUAGAAAUCGUUUGAAGGCGUUGAAAUUGGCUGAGGUAACUAAACCGCUUGCGAAGGAAGUUAAGGAACGAAUGUUACUGAUGGCAGUUAAUAGGAUAUUACUUUCGGAAAAGACUGCUGUUCUUGGUGGUGUUGCUGCUGUGAGAUCCAAAAUUUUGACUACAUUGGCAGCAACUUUUAAUCCUUAUAUUAAGGAAGCUGUAUUACGUUAUAUUACGGAUGACAUGAGAAAUCGAUUAGAUUUAGCUCUAGGUUGGUUAUAUGAAGAGUAUGCCUUGCUUCAGGGUUUCCAAAGGCGGACUACGUUAUGCACGAAACCGCAAGAAGCUCCACAUCAAGCAUAUAACUUUUUAUUGUGCACUUUAGUUUCGGCUAUUGAUUUAAUUCAGGGUAAAGAUCGUGAUUCCUUAUUAUACAGAUUGUACUUGGAAGCACCACUGAUAACGGAAGAUGCCGUAGAGGCUUUAAAAAUGGUGUCAUCCGAAGAAGCUAGAGGUCUUGCACCGUUACAACUGUUGAAAGAAAUGGUAGUACGUAGACCAACAAAACAAUUGGUAUUUUUAAACGUUUUGCUGUGCCAUACUGGACAUGAAAACAAUACGAUACGAGAGUCUGCGAUACAAUUAGUCUGUCAAUUGUACAGCAGGGCAGAAUUAAGCAAACUGAUCGAGGAGUAUGCAGUUCUAUAUCUAGGUUUUUUACGUCUUCAUAAUCCGCCCGAAAUUGUUUUUGGGCAAGAUAGAGGUAGACCGCAAAUUGAAAAUUUAUGGAGCGAAUCAACUACACGCGCUUGUCUAGGAUUGUAUCUUGCUCUUCUCAGUGAACAUCAAGAUCUUAUUCACGAAUUAGCACGAGUGUACACAUCAAUGGGAGCAGAUGUGAAACGUAUCGUACUAAGACUGGUGGAAGGACCAGUGAGAUCUUUAGGCAUGGGAAGCCCACAACUACUGGCACUUGUUGAGAAUUGUCCAAAAGGUUCUGAGACUUUAGUUACGAGGAUUAUACAUAUUCUUACAGAGAAAUCUGCUCCGAGUGCAGAGUUAGUGGCCAGAGUACGAGAGUUAUAUCAAACCAGAGUUUCCGAUGUCAGAUUCUUAAUACCUGUUCUUAAUGGCCUCACAAAGAAAGAAGUAAUCGCUGCACUUCCAAAGUUAAUCAAAUUAAAUCCUUAUGUUGUAAAAGAGGUAUUCAAUAGAUUACUUGGAACGCAUAACAAUGACAGCGGCGUACCUCAUACAUCUCCUAUUACACCUGCCGAAUUGUUGAUAGCUCUACAUAAUAUAGAUCCAAACAAGGCUGAAUUAAAGACUGUUAUUAAAGCAACGUCCCUCUGUUUUGCCGAGAAACAAGUGUAUACGCAGGAAACGGUCGCUGUUGUGAUGCAACAUCUUAUGGAGAUGACACCUCUACCGACUUUACUUAUGCGAACUGUCAUACAAAGCUUGGCCCUUUAUCCUAGGCUGAGUGGAUUCGUUAUGAACAUACUUCAACGUUUAAUUCUAAAACAAGUAUGGAAACAGCCUAAAGUGUGGGAGGGUUUUGUGAAAUGCUGCGAACGCACGCAACCACAGAGUUUCGCUGUUAUUUUGCAACUACCACCGGCACAAUUGUCAGAGGCACUGAAAAUGGCCAGCAAUUUGCGUGCACCCUUACUAGCUCAUGUUGAAGCUUUUGCUGAGAAUCAGAAAGCGCACAUUCCGCAAUCGAUAAUGGAUGUCAUACAGGGUAAAGUGCUUUGUGACAUGCACGAUGAAUUUGAUAUUGCGCCACCCGGUGAUUAUUCGAAUGAUCAAAAACCAGAUACAAUGGAAAUUGAUCUUUCCGAACCAGCUCCUCCUGGUUUAGAUUAGCAUAAACCAAUUUUAAUGUUAGGAUCAGAAACGUACUCUACUAGAUAUUUUAAUAUCUAAUUAACCAAUCCGUAUUGUAGUUAUGGAUUGUAAAUUAUUUUUUUUGGGUCAUCUAAAACGUAAACGUUUAAUCUAAACUAAAACGUAAACGUUUAAUCUAAACUACACAACAAUGACAUUUAGAUAGUAAUGAUUCCCUCGUAUCUAUAAUCGUGAUAAUUCCUUGAUAUAUAUUGUUCACUUUAAUUAUUUCGAUAAUAAUGUUGAUCGUCAUCAUUUUUUAUAUAUAGGACAACAUCAA